CUGGGUCGGGUAUGAACAGGCCAACUGCAAAGGAGAGCAGUUUGUGUUUGAGAAAGGUGAGUAUCCUCGAUGGGACUCUUGGACCAACAGCCGCCGGACCGAUGCACUCAGCUCCCUGAGACCCAUCAAAGUGGACAGCCAGGAACACAAAAUCAUCCUUUAUGAAAACCCAAACUUCACUGGGAAGAAGAUUGAGAUCAUCGAUGAUGAUGUGCCUAGCUUCCACGCUCACGGCUACCAGGAGAAAGUGUCAUCUGUGAGGGUGCAGAGUGGAAC